AUGGCGCAAGCACAACCCCUGCAAGGAAUAUCUAUACCGCGCUACGAGACACGCUCCAGCACCGCCUCGUCCUACAACGUGUAUGCCGUUGUGAUCCAACUCCCCGUUCGAUCAUGGACAGUUUAUCGACGAUACUCUGAAUUCGUACGACUGGAUAAGAAUCUUGCCGCAUCACCGAAUGCUUCAUCCAAUGCGGGAGAGCCGGGAGGAGCUGGUCGACCGCCACCUCGGCAACUUCCGCCUCGGGAACGUGCGAGAGAAUGGAAAAAGACCUUUUCGGGCUUCCUAUCGUUCGCGUCUGGAACAGAGGAAAAGGGAGGUAUGGAUGAAGAGAUGUGGUUGAAGGAGAGGAUGUCUGCACUGGAGAUGUAUCUUAAAGCGAUCGUGAUGGAUGAGGAUGGAGGCUGGAGGGAGUCGGAAGCGUUCAAGAUGUUCAUCGAGUGGCCGAUGAACGUCAAGAUGGUCACCGCUACCGCUGGCUCUUCGUCCACAUCACCACGUAAGCCGCUCCCGGCUUCCCGACCAACAACGAGCAUGCCAGGCACCCUACCACCAGGCACACGAGCUCUCGGGCCCGCAGCAGCAUCAGCAGCAAACGCUCCUCGACCUCCUCCAGUCGAAACAGACGCAACUCGACCCAUGAACAACACCCAACUCUUCCAAUCCCAAACAGACGCGAUGGAUCAACAAGACGAACAACUCCUCAAUCUCGCAGCGAUCUUGAGGAGACAGAGGCAGAUGGGAGAGGCGAUCAACCAAGAGCUGGGCGAACAGACGGAGUUGUUGGGACAGCUGGAUGGCGAGGUCGAGGCGACGCAGGCGAAUCUGAGUAAAGCGGAUGCAAAGAUGGAUCGAUUCGAUGGGGGAAAGGCCAAGCGUAAAGUGGGGAUCGGCAAGAAGUUUUGA